UGACGUGCAGCUGCCUCACGCACAGCAGUGCGUGAACAUCUUCCGUGUCGUGUCGGAUAAACAGUUGAGUGAGUCCUUCCGCCCCGUGUGAGCGUUAUUACCGAGCCUGACAGCGUCUUCACUCCGGUACCGAAGCGACAUGGAGAACGGUUCGUGCGCAGCUGGUGGCACCGAGCUGGACCGGGAGGUCCGGCUGUGGCUGCAGCGGGACAAGAACCCGAAGACGGUGUCAAUGGUGCAGGACAUGGUGAAAGAAGGAGCGACGGAGGCUCUGAAGAAAUGUUUCUCCUCCAGGAUGGAGUUCGGCACAGCAGGUCUGAGAGCCGCCAUGGGCCCCGGCAUAUCCUGCAUGAAUGACCUCACUAUCAUCCAGACCACACAGGGUUUCUGUCGCUACCUGGAGGAGAGUUUUGGGAACCUUAAGGAGCGAGGCGUGGUGAUUGGUUACGACGCCCGGGCUCACCCUCCCAGCGGCGGCGGCAGCAAACGAUUCGCCAGCCUGGCCGCGGCUGUGUUCAUCAGCCGAGGCGUACCCGUCCACCUCUUCUCUGACAUCACCCCCACGCCCUUUGUGCCGUUCACUGUCUCCCACUUGGGUCUGUGUGCUGGUAUCAUGGUGACUGCCUCUCACAACCCCAAACAAGAUAACGGCUACAAGGUCUAUUGGGAUAACGGAGCUCAGAUUGUGGCUCCUCAUGACAAAGGUAUCGCCAAGGCCAUCGAGGAGAACCUGGAGCCCUGGCCUGAGUCCUGGAACGCGGAGGAGGCCCUCAAGAGCUCCUUGCUCAAAAAUCCCUACGAGGACACCAACACACAAUAUUUCAAGGCCAUCCAGAAACACUGUCAUCACAGGGACAUAAACAAAAGUUCAGAGGUGAAAAUCGUGCACACAUCCGUGCACGGCGUGGGCCACGCUUUUGUCCAGUCAGCGUUCAAAGCCUUUGACCUUCACGCUCCGUACGCUGUGGAGGAACAGAAAGACCCAGACCCGGAAUUCCCCACCGUCAAAUAUCCCAAUCCUGAGGAGGGAGAGGGCGUCCUGACAUUGUCGUUUGCACUGGCAGAGAGAGAGGGCGCCACUGUUGUGAUGGCGAAUGACCCUGAUGCUGAUCGACUGGCUGUUGCUGAGAAGCAGGAGAGUGGUCAGUGGCGAGUGUUCAGCGGUAAUGAGCUGGGAGCGCUGCUCGGCUGGUGGAUGUUCUACUGCUGGAAGCAGCAAAACUCCGACACCGCCGCCGCCGCCGUGAAAAGCCUCUACAUGCUGUCGAGCACCGUCUCAUCCAAGAUACUGCGCGCCAUCGCUCUCAAGGAAGGUUUCCACUUUGAGGAAACACUAACAGGAUUUAAGUGGAUGGGAAACAGAGCCAGAGACCUUUUGGAUCAGGACAAGACUGUUCUGUUUGCCUUUGAGGAGGCUAUAGGGUACAUGUGUAGUCCCUUUGUACUGGACAAGGAUGGAGUGAGUGCUGCAGCCAUAGCAGGAGAGAUGAUUUCUUACCUGGCUACGAAAAAGACGAGUCUUUCUCAACAACUCACCGCCAUCUAUCAGGAGUAUGGCUACCACAUCACUAAGAACUCGUACUUCAUCUGCCACGACCAGGACGUGAUCCGCAGUUUGUUCGAGCGCCUGCGCAACUACAGCGGCAAGAAGGACUCUUAUCCCGCCGAAUGUGGUCGCUUCUCCAUCUCUGCUGUGCGAGACUUGACCACCGGCCACGACAGCAACCAGCCCGAUAACAAGGCUAUCCUUCCCACGUCCAGCUCCAGUCAGAUGAUCACUUUCACCUUCUCCAACGGUGGCGUGGCCACCAUGAGGACCAGCGGCACUGAGCCAAAAAUCAAAUACUACACUGAACUCUGUGCUGCUCCUGGUAACAGUGAUGUGGCGCAGCUGAAGAAGGAACUGGAUGACUUGGUUGAUGCCAUCGUUGAAAACUUCUUCGAGCCAGAGAAGAAUAAGUUGCAGCCCAAACCCGAGUAGCACUGACUUCACAUGCAGGACCAGUUGUGACUAAUACCUCGGACCAACAGUCUUAAUUACUGCAGAAGGGAUUCUCGGUUUAAUACAAGCUUCACACAUUUCAUACCAAUUUUAAAGCCAAUGUUAUUUUUUGUCACUUGGACCAGAGAUACUGUUACCGACCAAUAAAUCUGUCUUUAUUUUAAUCAUGACAAAAUCUAACCUCCACUUUACCUUUUGUUUAGCCACUCAUCAGCAUUCAGAGUUACUCCUGCUGUUUGCUUUGCUGUAUUCACAUGUAACGCUUGCAUUCCACACUGCUGCAGGGCUGCUAACCAAGAAGAGUUACUGAUGUUGUAACUUUAAACUAAUUUCAGUGGAUGUUGUUAAACGUAUUAAUGUGAAGGUAUAACAUUGAAAGUGACGGCUUAAUAUAUUUAAAGUUUCUAAAUGAAUGGCAGAUGUGGAAAUCCUGUCACUGCAGAGUUACUAGUUUGUAAAAUGACCAAUCCUAAAAGCGUAUGGCGCCACCAAGUGGAGAUAUUGUAAAUGAAUCACUUUACAUGAGCAGAUUAUUUUACUUCCAGGUAUUUAAGUGAUCUCGACUCACUCCAGAAAUGUUUAAUCAGCAGCUCACCUUCCGCAUGUGCCUCAUAUAUUCCAGGAUACUGUGCUGAAAAUACAAUUUUACUCAAUAAAAACAGUUUCUAACAAACGUAGAAGAAUAA